GUGGUCGCGCGCAGUGAAAAAUACUCAGCCAUCAGCCAGUUUCAGGUGUUGCGACGCCAAGCGGGGUAUCAAGGGAGAGCGAGUCGCCUCCGACAGGAGACGGUGCUUACUGAGUCGUGAUGUAUUGGAGAUUCAACAGUUUUUGCCCGAAGAUCAACCGAAAGUUAGUGUUGCAAAAGCAGUUAGUGUGACAAAGCGUAAAGAACAACGAGAGUGCUAAAACGUUGUACUAGUUGGACUAGAAGAGACAUCUCUAUUGCGAGUGUCUUAUCAAGAUAGUUUUUGUCAUCUACUAUUGUUAGAAGGGAGAGGGAAGUAAUUUUUCUUUGUAGUGACACUGAGAGCGCACAGUGCAAACAAUAAAAAUAGGGGGGGCGGUCUGCUGACCGAUGGACAAACGGAAGAUGAUGCCCAAACGCCCUCGUAUGGAGAAUUUGAGGGGUCCAAUUGCCAACGGACCGAUCCAAACGCGACCACUGGUUGCACUUCUUGAUGGCCGUGAUUGUUCUAUUGAAAUGCCCAUCCUCAAAGACGUCGCAACUGUUGCCUUCUGCGAUGCACAGUCCACUUCAGAAAUACACGAAAAGGUAUUAAAUGAAGCAGUGGGUGCACUGAUGUGGCAUACGAUAAUUCUGACGAAGGAAGAUUUGGAGAAGUUUAAGACACUUCGAAUCAUUGUUCGAAUUGGUUCCGGUGUAGACAACAUCGACGUCAAAGCAGCUGGUGAGCUUGGCAUUGCAGUAUGUAAUGUGCCUGGCUAUGGAGUCGAAGAAGUGGCUGAUACUACCCUUUGUCUCAUCUUAAAUCUUUAUCGGCGCACUUAUUGGCUUGCCAAUAUGGUGCGCGAAGGCAAAAAAUUCACAGGACCAGAACAGGUGAGAGAAGCAGCGACUGGUUGUGCAAGGAUACGGGGCGACACAUUGGGUAUUGUCGGCCUCGGUAGGAUUGGUUCCGCAGUCGCGUUGCGUGCCAAAGCUUUUGGCUUCACCGUCAUUUUUUACGAUCCUUAUCUGCCGGAUGGUAUCGAGAAAUCAUUAGGUCUCACCAGGGUUUAUACAUUACAGGAUUUGCUGUUCCAAUCAGAUUGUGUAUCUUUGCACUGUACUUUGAAUGAACACAAUCAUCAUUUAAUAAAUGAAUAUACUAUUAAACAGAUGAGACCAGGAGCAUUUUUAGUCAAUACAGCACGAGGUGGUUUGGUGGAUGACGACGCGCUGGCCGCGGCGCUCAAACAGGGUAGAAUUCGCGCGGCAGCGCUAGACGUCCAUGAAAAUGAGCCAUACAACGUCUUUCAGGGUCAGUCUGCGAAUCAGUGUCCAUUGAAAGAUGCACCCAAUCUUUUGUGCACUCCACAUGCCGCCUUCUACAGCGACGCGAGUUGUACCGAAUUACGUGAGAUGGCAGCGAGUGAGAUACGACGGGCGAUCGUCGGACGCAUACCCGACUGCUUACGCAACUGCGUGAAUAAGGAAUAUUUUCUUUCCUCGACCGGAAACGGCUUUUCGAGCAGAUGUUAACUUCUCUUCUCUUCCGAGUGAAAGUCUGAAAGCGAUCGUGAAAGUCGAGCGUGACAAAAUCUAUCGAUGCGUGUGUGUAUAGAGUGUAAAGACUAAGCGCUUAGAGACGAGACUUACAUAGAAAACGAACGAAAAAAAGAGAGACAAAGAAAAAGAUAAUUCCGUUCUUGGGAAUCUUGAUGACCUGUGUGUGUUCUCACGUUCCUGUUUUUCAUUGGCGAGGAACGAUUGCUACUCUACCUAGAGCACACCUAGAAACGCCAUCUAGUAAUGAAAUCACACACAGAGUCACAGAAAAAGAAAAUUGGAAGCUACUCUACACACUACAAUAAAAGCUACUCUACUAAAUAAG